AUGGAAGUAGGCAAACGAAUAAGACAUGCAGAGCCGUGGAGAAGUUGUCAAACUUGCAAGCAAGGAUCUAUCCGGUGUGAUGAGGAACGACCUGUCUGUUCAAAUUGCACUAAAUCUGGCCUUGUCUGCGAAUACACACGAUCGCAACACACAAAGGCUCCGAAAUAUGUCCAGGCCGACCAUGGUCCACUCGCCACUCGGCCUUCACCAGCAGCUCAAGAUUACACCUUGCCUCCAACCAGCCAAGGUCUUGCAAGCGAGACCGCUCUUACAAGUGCGAGUAUACCUCCUAGCCUUGAUCCUUAUCCACAGUCGUUGCUUCCCUUGACCCCGGCGAAGAGGGCACUGCUAGCCUUUUAUACCGAGGAAAUAAUCCCAGAGGUCUUCCCAAUCCCGGCCGUGAAUCAGGCUUGGAACCAGACCAUCAUCCCGCAAGCAUUCAUCGAACCUGCUUUGCUGCACGCACUCCUAGGUAUCACCUCCAGCACCCUCAUGCUGAAACAUGUCAAGCCCCUUAAUCCAUCGGCUGCGUUUACAGAGCUCCAGUUGCAUAAGGUUGCGAGUAUCAACCUUAUCAACCGCAAAUUGCAAAAUGUCUUGGACGCAACCCAGCUGUCAACCAUCUUGACCGUUCUCACUCUAUUUGGUUGCGAACUAGGUGUGGAGGAAGACUCGGAUGCAAUCCAGAUACAUUUGAAAGGUCUCAGAGAACUUAUCAACCUGCGAGGCGGCUUCGAUGGGUUGCCGGUCUUUCUCAUUCAAGUUGCUCUGUUUGGAGACCUUGGGUUUGCUGCAACACGACGCUCGUUACCUUCCUUUCCAAUUGUCCCAAUGAAACCAAAGCUUCCAAAGAAUACACUUGACCGGAUUUCUGCCGGAAUCGAUCCCAGGCUUCGCCUACUUGGAAUGGAGCUUAUGAAGUUCAAGGACCUGCUUGAUCCAGAUAUGAGUCAAGCAUACCGCGAUCUGAGCGUCGUCAUUGCCUUCAGAGAGUUGUGUAGUGGAGGGGUCGAUGUCACGCUCUAUGAGGUUGAAUACUUCGAGACUUUGGCUCUGCGUGUCCAGCACCAUUUGAUCACGUUCUUAUCUACGCACCUCUAUCGACGAGACUCCGACAUACAAUCGAUCUGUCGGGUGACCGUACCGAUCUUCGCUGUCAGAUACCAAUACAACAUUUACGGGCCCUCUAUGAUCAUGGACAGUAUGGUGAUUCAACUCUACGAAGUCUUGAGUAGUCUGGAUCUCGCCGAGUCGUGGAAAAGUUUCCCCUCAAUCCUGGUCUGGGCGUUCAUGUUCGGUAUCUGGAUAUCGAAAGAGAAGCGUAUGAAAGAAUGGUUUUUGUUCAAACUUGCCGAGGGAUCCCACGGUAUAUUGUCCUGGCAAUGGAUUGAGAUACGCGAUACCUUGCAAACGCUUUUCUACGUCGAUCGCUUGCAAAGAGCAGAAUUCGAGAGCAUUUGCGAGGAGGUGCGUUUGCUGGUGCCACAUGCUGGGCAGAUGCAGCCGGAGUCAUUAAAGCAAUCUGGUCCGGACUGGGCAGACCCACGCGAUAGCAACGCCAACACUAGCAUGCUGACAAACGCACAAGGACGUCAAGGAACCAAGCAAGGCGUCUACUCAUCCCCAGGAGCCGCGGGACCGAAAGAAGCAGCCCUUGUUGCCGCAGGCGCCACUGCCCUGGACUUGGCCAUUGCUAUGAUCGGAAUCGGCAUGUCUCUAUCUCCCGAUCCGAACCCUCUGAAGCACGGCGAACACGACGCUUGUGCAAACCCCAGCAACCCAACGGACUCGUCAAACCCAUGCGCCCUUACCUUUGGCCUCUUCAACAAUGGCUGGAGGCAGAUAACCCAAGCGUGCACACCAUGUCUCGGCCUGAACGAGUCUCAAGAGGCGCAAGGCCUGCCGUUGAUUGCCGACGAUGCCCUUGCGAUCCAGUGCCAACACCAACAGAUGGCCGAUCCUCUGUUCGGUAACGGUGGCGACCUUACGCGCUGGGUCGUCGCGCAGACGCUGCCCACGGGUGAGAUUAUAACCUCUGAAUCUCUCAAGACUUCCACUCCACCCAGCCUCUCCUCCAACUCCUCAGCUCUCGUGGACAAUUUCCUGCUUCCCUACCGCUUCAAGGUGCCCGAUACCAACAUCCUCCUCCGCCUCUGCUUUGGCAUCCGCCGCAGUCUCGACCGAAAUCACAUGCGCUCUCUCAUCGCCGUCGCCGAAGACUACAUCGACGAGCAAAUCGCAGCCCUACCUCCUGCAACCCCGGACUUCCAACAUGUGUACCCCGUCGCUCAAGGGCGAAACCAAACAUUUUACGAGUCUCUCGAUGACGCUAUCUGGCUUGUGAUCGGCAACCAUCACCAAAUCGGCAAACUCUUCACGUGGGAUGACUUGGAGGAUGUGGUAAUGGGCUUGAGGAUGUAUUUGGUUGAUGGAGACAGGUUUUGGCAGACGUGGUUCAGAUUUUAUGUUGGAGAUGUUGCACCAGAUACCACGAUGAGCUGUAUGGGGUAUGGGAGUCCGGGUCCGGAGGAGUACGGGAGGAGUGAUGAGAUGGACGCUGAACUCGCUGCGGAAGAGAGGAGGUGA